AUGUCACGUACAGCGAAGGAGGUUAUCGAUGCCCUUCAUCUUACUCCACAUCCAGAGAAGGGCUACUAUAUCGAGACAUUCAGAGAUCCCGAGGUGUCCGCGGAUGGUCGCACGGACAGCACCUGCAUAUAUUACCUGCUGGAGGGAAACUCGGGUCGAUCAUAUUGGCAUCGUGUCUUGGAUGCUAUCGAAGUUUGGCAUUUCUAUGCUGGUGCACCGCUGCAACUUUCACUCGCGUGGAAUGAUGGUAGUGCAGUCCGCGAUCUUAUUCUUGGGCCCGACAUCUGGAAUGGACAGAGGCCCCAAAUUGUUAUUCAACGCAGAGAAUGGCAACAUGCGCAAUCUUUAGGAGAUUGGACACUAGUAGGAUGUACUGUCGCGCCUGGCUUUGAUUUCGAGGGGUUCCAGAUGGCAAAGCCUGGUUGGGAGCCGCAGGAUUCAACGAAAAAUUGCCCUGUCCUUUAA